GAUGCAUUCUCGCCCAUCGCUCGGUGCAGUUUGAGUGAAUCACCCAAAGUGUUUGGACAGAAAAUCCACGUCGCUCCGCUAUUCGCUUAAUUCUGCAGAAAAAUUUCCGCAAGGACCCUCCCAAAACCAGCUAAAAAAUGUACGGCAAUCGUCAACAAUCGUCCGGCGGAUUCAGGGGAGGCAACCAGGGUGGUGGCCGCCCCAUGAACGGGGGAGGAUUCCGCGGUGGCGAUCGCCCCUCGGGAGGAUCUCGUGGCGGAAUGGGCGGCGGAAUGGGAGGCGGUGGCGGUUUCGGUGGUAAUCGCGGCACAUUCGACCGGCAAGCUAACAACGGUGCCACGCUGCGUACGCUGAAGUGGACUAGCGAAGAGCUGACCCCCUUCGAGAAGGACUUCUACAAACCAUCGGAGUUCAUUUCCAACCUCUCGGAAACGGAGGUCAAGGGGUAUCUGGCCAAACUGGAAAUCACGCUCAAGGGCAGAAACAUCCCACGCCCCAGUAUGGAGUUUGAACAGGGUGGUCUACCGGACUACAUCCUGGAGGAAGCGAACAAGCAAGGCUUCUCCAAACCAACGGCCAUUCAGGCUCAGGGUAUGCCAAUCGCCCUAAGUGGCCGCGACAUGGUUGGAAUCGCUCAAACAGGCUCGGGAAAAACCCUGGCCUACAUUGCGCCAGCCUUGGUGCACAUUACACAUCAGGAUCAGCUACGUCGGGGAGAUGGUCCGAUUGCCCUUGUAUUGGCACCAACGCGAGAGCUGGCCCAACAAAUUCAACAGGUUGCUACGGAUUUCGGACAGAGAAUUAACGCCAACAACACCUGCGUGUUCGGAGGAGCCCCUAAGGGACCGCAGAUCCGUGACUUGGAACGUGGUGCGGAAAUUGUCAUUGCCACACCUGGCCGUUUGAUCGAUUUCCUCGAACGAGGAAUCACUAACUUGCGUCGUUGCACCUAUCUGGUGCUCGAUGAAGCAGAUCGCAUGCUUGAUAUGGGCUUCGAACCGCAAAUUCGCAAGAUCAUGGGACAGAUUCGUCCUGAUCGCCAAGUGCUGAUGUGGUCCGCCACAUGGCCCAAAGAAGUUCGCAACUUGGCCGAGGAGUUUUUGAACGAUUACAUUCAGAUCAACAUUGGAUCUCUGAACCUGUCGGCAAAUCAUAACAUUCUACAAAUUGUGGAUGUCUGUGAAGACUAUGAAAAGGACCAAAAGCUCAUGAAGCUUCUGACGGAAAUCUCUGCUGAGAAUGAGACUAAGACGAUUAUCUUCGUCGAAACAAAACGGCGGGUGGACGAUAUUACCCGCAACAUCAACCGUAAUGGUUGGAGAGCUGUGUCAAUUCAUGGCGACAAAUCGCAACAGGAACGUGACUACGUUCUGAAUGCAUUCCGAAAUGGACGCCAGGGUAUUCUGGUGGCCACUGACGUCGCCGCCCGUGGACUUGAUGUCGAAGACGUGAAGUUUGUAAUCAAUUACGACUACCCGUCAAAUUCAGAAGAUUACGUCCAUCGUAUUGGUAGAACUGGCCGUUCUAACAAUACCGGCACUGCAUACACGCUGUUCACCAAUUCCAAUGCCAACAAGGCCGGCGACCUCAUCAACGUACUUCGGGAGGCCAAUCAAGUUAUCAAUCCCAAGCUUGCAGAAAUGGCCAAACCGGGCAUGAACAGACAUGGACAACGCCACAACAGAUACGGAAACCGCUACGGAGGUCAGCAGAACAGGCCACCACGUGAUGGAGGCUACGGUGGACAGCGCAACGAUGGAGGUCAUCGCUUCGGUGGCAUGAACAAUGGCAACAAAUUCGGUGGACCUCGCGGGGAUGCUGGCGGUGACAAAUUCGGUUCGAAACCGGCCCAGAACGGAGGCUACCAAUCGCGUGAUCAGAAUCGCAUUCCAAAUGGAUCUGGACCACCAUCAGGAGCCCGUCCUAGCCGAUUCUCUGCUCCGAGCAAUGCACCUCCAUCAUUCCCGUCUGGUGCAACCGGUGGCAACAGUUAUAAUAAGGGGGCUUACCAAAACGGUUCUGCUGCCAGUGGAAAUAGUGCUCCGACCAGCAAUGGUUACGGAUCAUACAAACCUUACACAACCGCUCCUCCAACUCAAAGUGCAACCGGUGCGUCAUUCGGCGGAUAUCAAAGAAGUACACCUGCUGUUCCUUCCGCGUACCCGUCGUUCGGCGGUGCUCUGCCACAACCUGGACAAACGUUUGCAUUCCCUCCACCUGCAGUUGCGUUAAACUAAGCAUCCUUUAAGUUAAUCAUCCCUUGAACUUCAUUCUUAUCUCAUUGAAUUAUUUUUUUUAUUGACACCAUCUAAUCCAUAGAGCAAAGUGUGAUUAAUUAGUUUUACCUGUGAACAUGAUACAAACCUAGAAAACAAAGUAACUAGGAUUAAGAACGUCCUAUUUAUUUAAUUGAUUGUUAUUAGCAGGUACUGAUCCAAAACAAAGAAUGUAAGAAUUUGCACUUUCAAGUAGCUGCGAGUUGGAUUCUUAACAUUUGCUCUUUUUACUAUCCUCGAUACGAUUGAUUAUAUAAAUGUGAUAAUGAUAGUACGUAGUCCAUCAAAUCGAGACAAAAAAAAAAACACAAGCAACAGAAAUCAUUUCUGUGUUCCACUUUACUCGAAUGAGAACCAAUUCGCAAAUUUGUAUUUAUUAUAAUUUGUGUGGAGGCUGUCCUGCGUUGACGCAGAGAUCUACUGUGAAUUUAAUAGAUGUAUGUGAAAUGGAAGUUGCGGUUGGAUGUGUGAAUAAUAGGAAAUAAAUUGAUUAAAAAAGCAAACUUCAAGAUUUUGAAAUUCACACAACACUUGAGACAAAUGUGUGGAGGGCAGCUAGCAAUGGUAUCAACACCGAAUGCCCCAUUGAUGGUACUUCGAUUUUAAAAUAUUACGAUAACGAUAAGAAUUAGACCGUUUCGGAUAGCACUGUAAUCCACACAUUGAAUCUACUCUUUAGUCUGCAAAUAGCAUACUAACCCCAUUCUUUACAGCAACUAGUACUAACAACUCUGAAACAUGUAAUUUGUUUUACUGAAGUGUUGUGCUUUAGUGGAAUAAAAGCCAUUUCUUGGAGAAAUAUGGAUGGUACAUUAAAAAUAAUAACCUUAUGAAUA